AUGGGAGAGGAAAACAAGGUGAAAAAAUGGGAAGGUAAAGCCAUUGUUGAGGUAAGAGGAACCGAGGAGGAAAUAGUAUGGAGUGUGUUACAAGAUUUUUGUAACCUACACAAAUGGCUACCGAUUGAUACUUGUUAUAAAGUCGAAGGAGUUGAUGGGGAACCUGGUGUUGUUCGAUAUUGUGCUUCAACCAAAAAGGGUGGUGAUGAAAAUUCAGAGGCAGUUGUGAAGUGGUUCAAAGAGAAGCUGUUGACAAUUGAUCAUGCACAACGUUGUUUGUCAUAUGAAAUUGUUGAUAACAACAUGGGAUUUAAGAAUUACGUGGCUAUAAUGAAAGUAUUGCCGCUGAAAAUCGACGGUGGUGAUGACGAUGAUGAACGUGUAGGGUGUAUGAUUGAAUGGGAGUGUGUUUGUGAUCCGGUGGAAGGAUGGAGUUUGCAAAAUUUGCAUUCUUACAUUGGAAACUUUCUUAAGUGUAUGGCCAACAGGAUUGAACUUGCAUACUCUCCACUCUUCAAAUAG